GUUAGUUACAAAAACGUUGAGAAAAGAAUAUUUGUAUUAGAGAUUAAAUAAUUUUAUAUCUUUGUCGUGUUGUUUAAGAAAAGAUUUUGGCUUAAGAAGUUGAUUUUGCAAAAAUUUGUUAAAUUGCUUGAGCAAUUAAUGUCCAGAACUGACACUUGAAUGGUCUUGAAAAAGACCAUUCCAAGGAUUUUAACUUAAUAUGGAAAACUCAAAAGAUGUGUACCCUGUUCUGGAGAACUCAGAUCUACAAGAGUUUGAAACUGUAUGUCUUCAGGAGUUUGGAUGUGAUGCGACUGCCAACACCGAAAUUGAAGGAAAUAAUAAUAAUCUUAAAAAUCGCAUAAUGUCAUUGUAUGAUGUCAAUACGAGAGUUGAAAAAAAUGUUUGUAAUCCAGAAAAUGCUUGUACCGAUAUAGAGAAAGAUCACCGCAAAGACAUUCAAACACAAUUGUUGACUGAAGAGAAUAUGUUCUCUUCUGUUGUUAAAGAGAAAUACCACAAUGAAGGCAAUGAAGAUGUAAGCAUAAUAUAUGUCUCACCUGUUCUAAACACCUUAAACCCACAAGGGUUAGGAACUGUAGGUGUUCAUCAGUAUGGCUGUAAUGUGACUACCAGAACCGAACUUAAAAGAAAUGUUUCAAAGUAUAUUUACUAUACACCCAUAUUCACCGUAGUUUGUAAUCCAGAACGUGCUGGUACCGCUCUGAAGAAAAAUGACCACAAACACAUUCAAACUCAAUUGUCGACUGAAAGUAGUGAAGAGAAACAUCAUAAUGAAGGCGAUGAAUAUGAAAAUAGUGUUUCUGAACAAAAUGAUAAAUCUAAUAUUUUAAAAACAUUCUGGGAUGCUCUCACUGGGAACAAUUUUAUGAGAACAUAUUUUACUGGAAAUAGUCCAGAAUUUGAACGCCUGAACGACGAGACAGCAAUUAGCAAUACUGUAAAUAUGAGACGUAGUCGUCUAACUGAUCGAGAACCUUUACUAUAUGCACAGGAAAAAAUACGAGUUAUAAAUCGAAUGCAUUUAAGUAAUAUAAAAAAGAUGGAAGAAAACAAAAUAUUGAAUUUAGAUCCAAAAUACAUGAAAACUUAUAGAGGGAGGCUUUCAGAAUUCAGUGCCAGUGAUGCUAAAAAUGAAUUGAAUUCUAUGCGUUUGGUAACGGCGUCCGGGGAAGAGUUGUCCUUUAAAGGAAAUGAUGGAAAUGGAAAAUCUAAUAAUCAGUAUGUACUUUUAUUUAGAAAAGAGGAUGAAAGUGAGAAGAAUAGAAGCAUAAUCGAAACGCCACAACAGCCAUCUUCAUUAUACGCAAAUAUAUCUGAUGAGCAUAUUAGUACUUUAAAAUUAAAAGAAUUUGAAGUUGAAUCUCAAACACAACUCAAAGACUCUCAAACACAGUCUUCACCGGUAAUGACAACAAGUACUAAUCAAUGCAAAAAUUGCGGACACUUGGACGUUGAAUUGAUUGAUCAAUAUUGUACAACUAGCGAAAUAUCGACCAAAGUUUUAUACAAAAAUCCUAACGAAUUGGAAUAUAGUGAUGACAGUAAUUCCGAGUAUAAUACCGCUAAUAAUAGCGAUCAAACUUUGGAGGAAUUUAAGUUCUUUAGUGACUCUUCAAGUUUUACUUCGCGCAAGGUAUAUUCUAGCAACAGUCAGACUAACACUGAGAAGAAUGAAAUAUCUCAGCUAGAAUGUUCGGGACCGCAAAUCUAUGGUAAAAGCGAAUCUUUAAUUAGCUUUAAAGAUUACCUGACAGAAUCCAGUACAUCUAUUCGUACUAACGCAAGUAACAAUUCUGUUGAAGUACUUGAGUCAGUGUGUUCUAAUUUCACACUCUCUUCCAUUUACAAUAAAAACGAAUCGCUUAGUGAUUCUGAGGAUUCUGAUACAAUAUCCACCACAACUGUAUAUGAAAAUAAAAAUUGUGUUGAAGUACUUGAGUCGGUUUCUUUUAAAUCGGAACUUUCUUUAACUAAUGUUACGGAAUUGAUGAAUAUCGAUUCAAUAAAUCAGGGUGACAAAAUUAUAGAAGAUGAAGCAAAAACACAAUACGUUAAAAUUAAUGAGAGUGACGAGGAAAAAUCAAAUAUGAAUGUGCCAGUCGCUAAUGAGGACGAUAAUCCGCUUUUCAAAAAACUUGACAUAAGUGUCUCACGAAGACCAGUAUGCAGGCGUGAAAAUGAGUUACUAGUAUCUGCGAGAAAGAAUGUUAGCUGUAGUACUGUAAAAGGCAAUGAUACAAAAAACAAGAAAAUCUUAAAAACAGAGAAUAACUCUUGCGUCCUUCCUACAUACACAAAAUUAUUGCGACGGAGAGAAAAUGAUCCACAAAAAGCAGCUCUAGAUAAUAUAAAUAAAAACACAUUUACAAAAGGUGAAGCUGCAAAUAAUUGUGCAAAGAACUUUGUUCCUCGUUAUCCUAACUAUCUGCGACACUAUGAUGAUCCUACCGUGCUCAACAAAAAAAAAAGGAAGCCUCAGCCAGAUAUUCCCAAACCAUCUCAACUUCCCCGGUAUCCGAAUUACCUUCGAAAUCAUAACAAGAUGAUAUCUGGAGACAACGCGAAAUUAACAUCGGACAUACCCAGUAGGAGUAAGCAUUUAAAGUUCAAUAAAAUAAAAGUCAAUUCUAAAUUAUGUAUCAAGAGAUCAUACAAUGAGAAAGACAUAGUCCCCAAUUCUGAUGAAGACCAACAAAUUAAAAGAGUGAUAGCAAAUGCAUCUGGGAUUGUAUUUGAUAUCGUGAAAUUGAUUGGAGGAAAACCACCUGAAACUGUAAAAUCACACGACGCUUCAGUAAAGCGUACGCAAACUCCAAGGACCCCUACCAUUCCUGUGAAGGUAACAGAAAAACAGAAAUAUUAUUUUCAACCGGAAAUCAUACUAAAAUAUCAAGGUCGUGCAAGAGAUCCAAAACGAUCAUUCAAUGCAACUCAUCUAAAUGAAUUAUCAAAGACGAAACCUAAACCACAAUUUACUUUUAGAUAUAAAGCUAUAGAGCCUAUUGUGAAUUCUAGGCUGUGCAAGUCAACGCGGAACACAAGCAAUGCUUCCAAGAAUUUGAAAGUGCCAGUUCAGUUCACUGAUGUUAAAAGUCGCGUAUUGAGUGACCGGAUUGAUACUAACGCUGUUGAAUUAGUUGAAAUAUUAACGGACUUUAGUGAUAUCAAAACAGGAACGGAAAAUAUAGAUCUGGAUGAUAAGAGGACUGAAACUGAAUUAACUGAGAUCAUCAAAAUAUCAAAUGGUUUAAAUACUACACAAUUGAAAAAUGUGGCAAACUGCUACUCAAGAGUUAAUAAUCCUAAAGAAGUUGAAGCACCAAUUACUAAAGUAAUGUCCGAAGAUUUUAAAAUGUUUUCUAACACAGAUGUAGUUAAAGAAACAGUUCAGAUGUUUAAUGCACGCUUUGCGUUAAAGACUAAACCCACAGAUCAGCUGGUUAUGGAAAGCAAACACAUUUUAACAAGUGGGGGGCAGGAAGGAUUGCAUAUUCAAGACAAGACAACUGUUAAUACUGAUAUCAAUAUUACAUUGAUGAACGUUCACACUACUAAAAAAGAAUGCCAGACUGAUAAUAACAUUAGUCUUCAAAAAGCAACUGUUAAAGCAAAGUUCGCUACUUGCGAUGCAAUUCAACUUCAGAAAACCACAAUAGAAGGACAAUUUCAUGCUGAACGUAGUAAGUCAACUGCUGAAAAUGUAAUUACUGAAGUAAAAUCCUUCAUUAACGAUAGUGUUGUAUUACCAACAACGAUUUUAGAAGGACAAUUUCAUGUUGACGAUGGUGGUAUACUACAAAAACAAACUGUCAAAGAAAAUAUAUGUACUGGCGCGAACAUUACAUUGUCUGCAGAAAAUAUAGUUGUUUCUGACAAUGAUAUAUCCUUUCAGAGAGGAACUACUACAUUAGAUCUUCAUAACGACAACAGUUUUAAGUUUCCAGAAGUAUGUAAUAGCGCAAAAUUUGGCGCGAACAUUGCAUUGUUUGCAGAAAAUAUGGUUGUUCCUGACAAUAAUAUACUAAAUGAUAUAUGAUAUAUAUCCAGAGAUAUAUAUCAUGAUAUAUCCAGAGAGGAACUACUACAUUAGAUCUUCGUAACGACAACAGUUUCAAGUUUCCAGAAGUAUGUAAUGGCGCAAAAUUUGAAGAAAACAGUGAUACUCCAAAAAAAAAAUUUUAGACUGAGGAACUUUGAUUGCCACUAAUUUCGUCAAUGAUGGGCCUCAGAUAAGCGCAUAAUCAGCAUAAAUCGCAAAAUUUUAUAGUGCAUAUUUACUUAACAACUCUUAAUAUAUUUUGUUAA